AUGAAGACCAGUAUUUAUUUUGUAGUGAUAGUGUGCCUUGCCACAGUAAGUUGCUAUGGACCUGAGCAGCUCCUAAAGGAAGGAAAUAGCAAAUUCACAGGCAAAAUGUUCACAGAAGUCGCUAAACAAAAUCCGGAAAAAAGUUUUGUACUAUCAGCAUUUUCUGUACUAAAUCCAUUGGCGCAACUGGCUUUGGGUUCUGAAGGAGAAAGCCAUGACGAACUGUUAAGAGCGAUAGGGUUACCAGAUGACAGGACGACUAAAAAUGCAUUCAUGCAACUAAAUUAUAAACACAAAUUCAUUCAAGGAGUUGAUUUAAGAAUGGCAAACAAGAUUUAUGUUGCCAAUGGGUACUCUCUUAAAAAGGACUACGCAGCAGUUGUGAGAGAAACAUUCGAAUCGGAAGUUGAAAACGUCGAUUUUACUACAAGUCAAAGUGCUGCAGAUGAGAUAAAUAAUUGGGUGGAGCAACAAACAAAUGGUCGAAUUAAAGAUUUAGUCGACCCAAAUUCCUUCGACGAGUUGACAAGAGCUCUCCUAGUUAAUGCAAUAUACUUUUUGGGUACAUGGAAACAUCCAUUCAACGAAAGCAACACGCGUGAUAGUGACUUUUAUCUGCCGAAUGGCAAAACAAUACAGCUGCCAACAAUGUUUAUCGAGGAAAAAUAUUAUUAUGUAGACAGUGAAGAACUUAACGCAAGUAUUUUGGGAAUGCCCUACGUUGGUGAUGAAUCUACCUUUUACAUAGUACUUCCUAACAACGUUGAGGGAAUUAAUGAGUUACUAGAAAAACUAAAAGAUUUUUCAGUAUUAGAAAAAACCUUAUACAAUUUGUACGCAACAAAAGUGGAAGCAUACAUACCGAAAUUUAAAAUAGAAACAACCACAAACUUAAAAGAAAUCUUACCAGAAAUUGGUGUGGAGGGCAUUUUCGAUGCUUCCAAGGCAAACUUUAAUAAGAUGAUAACUGACAGCGAAUAUGAUUUAUAUAUUAGUGGUGCGACACAAAAGGCCUUCAUAGAAGUUAAUGAAAGAGGUACAGAAGCCACUGCGUCGAAUGUAUUCGGAAUGUAUGGCGCUUCUCGUAUAGUCGACCACGUGACAUUCCGUGCAGAUCAUCCGUUCGUAUAUGUAUUAAAAACUGGAGGAAAUAUCUUGUUUAGCGGAGUUUUUCAUCCUUGA